CUCUUCUGACUCCGAUACACACACUCUGCUUUCUCCUUUCCCCCCCACCUCUGCUGUCUCCUCCUUCUCUGCAAUUUUAGCCAGGAUUCCUUCACAGAGAGAGAGAGAAGGGAGCUAGAGAGACGACAAUGGCGGAGGCUCUGAGAUGGUUCGCCCUGUGCACGGUGCUGGUCGUGGUGACGGUCGUCGGAGUUGCGGCCGCUGCUCGGGACGGCGGAAUCUCCGGUCUUACUCUGACUCGGAAUGUGGGAACUGAGGCGUUGCAGAGCUCGAGCAACUCUUCCAUGGCGGCCAGUACCGGAGAAGAAGUGGUCGGUGCAGAAUCGGUGAACAAUGAGCAUGCCGUUCAAGACCCAGAAGAGGUGGUUUCAAUGGUUGAGAUGAGCAUCCGCAACAGCACUGAAAGGAGAAAGCUAGGAUACUUCUCUUGUGGAACCGGCAACCCAAUCGACGACUGCUGGCGCUGCGACCCACACUGGCAGAAGAACCGCAAGAGGCUCGCCAAUUGUGGAAUCGGGUUCGGAAGGAAUGCAAUUGGUGGGCGUGAUGGCCGUUUCUACGUGGUGACCGACUCCAGAGACGACGACCCUGUGAACCCGAGACCCGGGACCCUGCGCCAUGCUGUCAUCCAAGACAGGCCGUUGUGGAUUGUAUUCAAGAGGGACAUGGUGAUCCAGCUGAAGCAGGAACUGAUCAUGAACAGCUUCAAGACGAUCGAUGGCCGUGGCGCUAAUGUCCACAUUGCUAAUGGCGGAUGCAUCACCAUCCAAUUCGUGACGAACGUGAUCAUCCACGGCCUCCACAUCCACGACUGCAAGCCCACGGGGAACGCCAUGGUGAGGAGCUCGCCGACGCAUUUCGGGUGGAGGACCAUGGCUGAUGGAGACGCCAUCUCCAUCUUCGGGUCUAGCCACAUUUGGGUCGAUCACAACUCGCUGUCUCACUGUGCUGAUGGGCUGGUUGAUGCGGUGAUGGGCUCGACUGCCAUUACCAUCUCCAACAACCACAUGACCCACCAUAAUGAGGUAGUGAUGCUGUUGGGGCACAGUGACACUUACACCAGGGACAAGCAGAUGCAAGUGACCAUUGCAUACAACCACUUUGGUGAGGGACUCAUCCAGAGGAUGCCAAGAUGUAGGCAUGGGUACUUCCAUGUGGUGAACAAUGACUACACCCACUGGGAAAUGUACGCGAUCGGAGGGAGCGCGAACCCCACCAUUAACAGCCAGGGCAAUCGAUACAACGCCCCGGUGAACCGGUUUGCGAAGGAGGUGACGAAGAGGGUGGACACCGCGGCGGGACAGUGGAAGGGGUGGAACUGGAGGUCGGAGGGAGACCUGUUGUUGAACGGUGCUUACUUCACGCCGUCGGGUGCUGGAGCUUCCGCAAGCUACGCUCGUGCUUCUAGCUUGGGCGCCAAGUCUUCUACGAUGGUCGGAUCCAUAACUGCCAAUGCCGGUGCCCUUGGCUGCCGCCGGGGACGUCAGUGCUAGUACACACUCUCCUCUUUCUUCCCACAACCCACCAAUUUUUCUUUUUGCCCAAAAAUGGGUAAGUCAUCAUUAUCAUCAAUCAGUCUUUUCCUUCCAAUUCCAUUAUAGCAAUUAAGCAACAAAAAAAAGAAGCAGUUCAAAUUGAAGGUCUCUCCCAUUUUCCUGUCUGUCUGUCUGUCAUUGUUGUUUCUUUGAGUCGUCUUCAUUCAAGUCUCCAUGUCUACAAAACUUCCUUGGACCACACAGCUUAUAGCUAGCCCUCUACUCUCCCCCACCAUUGUUGGCAAAGUGUACAUUUUUUGCACAUUGUCAGUCACUCUAUAUAUAUAGGUUGCUGUCUCAGUCUGUCUUGUCUUCCCACGUCCCCCAUUGUUUUUGUGUGUAUCUUUUUCUUGUUUGGUGUCAACCUCGGCCUGUUUCAUCGGAAAACCAGGCAGAAGUGCUAUAGCAGUAGAAGCAGGUGCGGAAGCGUUGCUGGAUCGGAUUUCUUCUUCAUUCUAACAACUGUCAGUAAUCGUCUGCGUAAUCUAUCUAUCUUUCUAUCCAUGUAAUGCGUUCUUACUCUUGUGAGUGUUAAGUUUUGUGUUUUACCUGUAUUGUCAGCAAUCAGUUUACUUCUUACUAAUACAAACAAAGCAAUAUGUCAUAGUACCAUUUCUCUCCAUAUUGUGAUUGAGCUCAUAUAUCUAUACACAUGUGUUUAUGAUCUUGUUGGAAAGUAAUCAAGUGAUCCUCCCUCCUGCUGUAACUUGAGCAAAAGCAACUCGGCAGGGGAGACAACAGUACUUCAUUAUAUCUGCCAUGUCCAGUUUCCAGAGCAGUGAUCAUUUAUCCUUUUCUACCUUUUCCAUCAUUAUUUUUUUCCACCUUUUACGCUUUAAGCCUUUGUUGGGUUGUUAAUGAUUGAUGGUGGUAAGUUGGGGUGGUUCCAUGUGA